CUCCUAUGAGUAAUAAGAGCGGCUUCACACCGACCGGUCUGCUUGUCAGAGAGACUGAGUGACUGAGAGCAGCUCACACACACACAGAGGCAGCAGCAGAGACUCAUGCUGUGAUCCACCACCUGCUGAAUGUGCCGUCGCCGUGGAGACGCUGAUGAACCAGAAUAAGGAGGCGAAGAGGAUUCCCCAGCCAGACGGUCCUGAGAAGACAGAGGAGAGGACACACACGCAUUCUGAACCAGCAUCCGCGAUGGACCACCAGCAGCAGCACGCCAAAGUGGAGCGAUUUCUCAAGCUGGGAUACUCUCACAGUGACAUCCUGAGGGUGCUGGAGAGCCUCCGUCAUGACGCCCAGACCAACGACAUCCUGGAGGAGCUGAUAAAGACCUGCCACACUCGCACCAACAAAAGUGUUCCAAACAGCCCCAAGCUGGUGCCCAGAGGCUGCAGCCCCAGUCCCACUCAACCCAGACCCGGAUCAGACAGAGAGCCAGCUGCUGGCUUCAGACCAGUGGUUAUAGAUGGAAGCAACGUGGCCAUGAGCCAUGGCGACAAGAAGGUGUUUUCGUGCCAGGGCCUCCAGCUGGCAGUGAACUGGUUCUGGGACAAAGGGCUGAGGGACAUCACUGUGUUCAUUCCCCUGUGGAGGAAGGAGCAGCCGCGACCUGAGGCACUCAUUACAGAUCAACAUAUUCUCCAUGAGCUGGAGAGGAGGAAGAUCCUGGUGUACACGCCGUCCCGCUGUGUGAAUGGUAAGAGGGUCGUGUGCUACGAUGACCGGUACAUCAUCAAGCUGGCAGUCGACUCCGAUGGGAUCAUCGUGUCCAACGACAACUACAGAGACCUGCAGACGGAGAAUCCUCAGUGGAAGAAGUUCAUAGAGGAGAGGCUGCUGAUGUACACCUUCGCUAACGACAAGUUCAUGCCUCCAGACGAUCCUCUGGGUAGAAACGGUCCCACCAUUGAUGAUUUUCUGCGUAAAAAGCCAUGGACCCCAGACAACAAGCUGCAGCACUGCCCUUACGGAAAGAAGUGUACUUAUGGAGUCAAGUGCAAGUUCUACCACCCAGAGCGGGCCAACCAAUCACAGCUCUCUGUGGCCGAUGAGCUGAGGGCGCUGAGGGACAGAGCCAAGAACUUCUCGCCCAAACCCAGCCUGCAGGACACGCACGGCUGCCCUGCUGUGUAUCAGCCGGAGCACAGAUACUCCUCCUCCACCCCUCCGCCCGUCAGCGCGGAGGAUCAAACCCACAGGGCUUCACCCAGCGAGCAGUUCAUCUAUCAGAGAGACUCCAGCAGCCCGAGAGGCCAACUGAACACGAGCCUCCACCAAUGCCCGAGCACGGAUGUCGACGAGGCCUUCAGCUCCAUGGAGGGCUCCAUGUCCAGGCUCUACAUCCAGGAUCUGCCCUACAGCACGGAGCGCCCUUUCCACAGCUACAGCAGCGGCGUAGCCAGCUGCAGUCUGAGCCACGACGACUACUCCCUCUCAGGCUCACUUCACGGGAACAUCCACGGGCCGUGUCUAGGUGGAGGAGGUUAUUACCCUCAUCAGAACGGUUCAGUGUCCUGCAAGCGCCCCAUGUGCAGCGAGUGCAGGUGUGGUCAGUGGCAGACCAGGAUGCCCCCCCACCACCACCCAGCAUGGAGCUCCUGCCCAGCUCUUCCUCCACAUAACGGGGAGCACCCUGUCCAUUGCUCAGAGAAGCAGUACUUCAGACAGCCCUCCAACAGACAGAGCCUCAGCUUACCGAGGGACCCAUGGGUGCAGGGCAGCUCGUGUGACGGCAGGCUGAGCAGCCGGGCCAAGAGCCCAUCCAGCGAGCAGAGGAAGGGCCUGAGGAGCCAGCUGAGCACCCUCUUCCCUCAGAGCACAGUGGAGCAGGUCAUGAAUGCCUACCCUCACGUCUCAGACAUGUCUGAACUGAUUUCUCUCAUCCAGAGCAACAGGACCAGCCACUUCUCCUUCUAAAAUCCGUUCUUUACUCAGACUGAGCCCACAUCGGAGUUCUCAUCCCUAAAACCAAAGUGAAACUGGAAAGAAAGAGAAAAUUUCUACUUUUCUUAAAGUGACUGUGAAUGUGUAUUAUUAUACAGUAUAAUCAUACUGUGGGAAAACUGUCACUCUUGCUUGAACACAUCCCAAACUUCCCUUUUAUUUUAAGCAUUAAAAAGUGUCUCAAUCUGAGGAAGUCUUGAAAAUGUAGCAGACUGAAUGUUACUUCUUUAUCCUGAUAUAAAAGUGCAAUGCACUACGCUCCAGAUAUGCUACUUAUUGUAGCACUGACAAAUGUUUUAUAAAGCAGUAUGUGUUGUUUUCUCGUGUUGCCUCAAAGUGAGGAACUUUAUUACACUAUUCUGUACUUCUGUAAAGAACAUCAAUGACCUGUUCUUGAUAGGAAUUUUAAAGGCUUGUGUUUUUACUGCUGCCUGUGAAAUAAAAAAAAAAU